UCAAACAGCGAAGCAAGUGUCUUGUAAUUUUAUUAUAUUCGUGACGUUAAAUAAACAAUUAUCUAAUAAAAUAAAAAUAUGGGGAAAGGUCGGAAAUAUAAACCGAAAAAGAACUUCGCAGAGAAAAGGCGUGAAAAGAAAAAGAAUAAAGAUGAAUGGGAUAAACGGCCCCAGAGGUGCUAUGCCGACAUCAUUAGAGAGAACAAAGAUUUCGACAAUUAUUAUCAAACGCAAAAAAUAGUCCCGGAGGGAGAAUGGGAUGCGUUUAUCAACACAAUGAGGGAAAAUCUUCCCGUUGCGUUCAGAAUUACAGGCUCAAAAGCAGAGGCCAAAGCUCUACUCGAAAUCAUUAAGGGCGAUUUUUUCGACGAGAUUUUAAACCUGAAAUUGGAGGAUGGUCAAGAGGAAGUUGAAAAGGUUGAGAAAAUGAAGCCACAUUGUCUACCUUUUUAUCCUGAGGGUUUGGCUUGGCAAUUGCAACUCACGAGGAAAGAUAUUCGAAGGUCGGAAGCUUAUUUCAGGUUACACAAUUUCCUAAUUGCUGAAACAAGUAGUGGAAGUAUCAGUAGACAAGAAGUAGUCAGUAUGAUUCCGCCAAUUGUACUCGACGUCAAACCAUGGCACAAGGUUUUAGACAUGUGUGCGGCUCCAGGUUCAAAGACGGCGCAAUUAAUCGAAAUGAUACACGCUGAUGAAAAGGAAACUCUUCCGGAGGGGUUUGUUAUAGCGAACGAUUUGGAUAAUAAUAGGUGUUAUAUGUUGGUUCAUCAAGCCAAGCGAUUAAAUAGUCCAAAUAUUCUUAUCACGAACCACGACUCAUCAGUGAUGCCAAACUUUACUAUCACCAAUCCUGAUGGUUCAAAAGGAACUUUAAAGUUCGAUAGGAUUUUAGCAGAUGUUCCUUGCAGUGGAGAUGGUACAAUAAGGAAGAACCCGGAUAUUUGGUGCAAAUGGAGUCCCGCGAAUGGCAAUAAUCUCCACGGGAUUCAGUAUAGGAUAGCAAAAAGAGGACUAGAAAUGCUAACCGUAGGAGGAAGAAUGGUGUAUUCUACUUGUUCGUUAAACCCGCUCGAAAACGAAGCCGUUCUUCACAGGCUGCUACUGGAAACGGGAGAUUCUGUUCAUUUAGUUGAUGGCCGAGAUCUCGUACCUGGAUUAAAAUCAAAUCCAGGUGUGACCAGUUGGCAACCAGCUUCAAAAAAUUUACAGUACUAUAAAAACUGGGAAGAAGUUCCUGAACAGUGGCAGACGCAAGUUCGACCAAAGAUGUUCCCUCCAAAUCCCGAAGAUGUUGAAAAAUUCCACUUAGAACGAUGCAUGAGGAUAUUGCCACACCAUCAAGACACUGGUGCCUUCUUCGUAGCAGUUCUCGAAAAGGUCAAGCUUCUUCCCUGGGAAACCAAUUUAGAUCCCGGAAGUCCGGUCGAAAAGACCGUGACUCAAGAAGUGAAACCUGACCCAGGUGUCGAUGAAGUUCCAGACGUGAAACUUGAGCCAAGUAUCGAUGAAGUUCCAAAAGUGAAACUUGAGCCAUGUGUCGAUGAAGUUCCAGAAUUGAAAGAUGUGAAAGAAGUAGCCGAAGAAAAGAACGAGGGCGAUCGGAAAAGGGUUUUGAGCGACGACAGGAAGCCUUGGGGUCCCCAAAGGAAGAGGAAAAGACUCGGAGGUUAUCGGGAGGAUCCCUUCGUAUUUUUCAAGGACGAGAACGAAGAUGUCUGGUCCUCGAUUAAAGAAUUCUACGACAUUUCGAGCAAUUUGGACCCAAAGUGUUUGCUCGUACGGUGCAACGAGGGCAAGAAGAAGAACAUUUACUUCACUUCUUCCGCGAUUCGUGACAUUGUUUUGUCCAACGAGAACAAAGUCAAGAUGAUCAAUACGGGCGUGAAAACUUUCGUCCGGUGUGAUAACAAGAAUAUGCGUUGCGCCUUCAGACUCGCCCAGGAAGGAAUGCGAAGCAUUUUUUACUAUGUUGGCGAAUCGAGAAAGGUGAAAAUUUUGAAGGAGGAUCUGGUGAUGCUCUUGCAGAAUGAUGAUCAUCAUACGCCCCCGGAAAUUGUUAAGCUUAGUCAACAUACUCAAGAUCGUGUUAAGGAUUUUGCACCAGGAAGCUGUAUAUUGUUGUACCAGGAAGAAGAAUCUGAAAAUCCCUAUCCUCUGAAAUUUGAAAUGGUAGGAUGGAGGGGAACGAUGUCCCUGAGGGCUUAUGUCCCAACUCAUGACGCUGUCCAUUACCUGCGACUUCUAGGAGCCGAUUGCUCUAAAUUUGAGAAAAAUAAAUUCGAACAAAACAGGCAAUUGGCCGCGAAAAUUGAAGCGGAGGAAGAAGAUACCGAAGAAGUAGUCGAAAACGAAGAGGAAAUUGCUGAAAAUGGUUCCAAAAAAUUCGCGAGCGAGAAUGAAGAUAGAAAAAACGAGAGUAUAGCUACGUAAUAGUUACAUAAUGAAAUUCAAUUAUUCUCAAAUUCAGGUACAUGUUCUCGGUUUGACUAUUAUUUUCUACUUCAAGUUUUUGAAAUUAACUCAGGAACUCAAUAUUGAAUAAAAUUGGCUGGCCAUUAAA